AUGAACUACAGCUUUUCGCUGCAAGGCGCUAAUGCCGGAGGUUCUCCGAUGAUCAACUACAGAAAAGACGCUAAGAAGGCCAUCAAGUUCACCAUCAUGGUGUCCGGUGAGCUGGGAACAGGCAAGUCCACCUUUGUCAACUGUUUGUUGGACCGUAAUAUCAUGCCUCACGCGUACGAAGGAACACCCGUCGCCCAGAAGACAUUGACGUUCACACUGGCUGCCACCGUGGCGUUGCCCAACACAUCUGUAUUGCCGCUGUCUCAGUUCGAUGCUUCCACUGCCAACGAGGAGCCGGGUAUUGCAUUGACUGAGACCUCGGUCGAGGUACUGGACGAGGAUAGUGUUCGCUUACACUUAAACAUAAUAGACACGCCUGGUUUUGGAGAUAACUUGAACAACGAGUUGUGUUUCGUGGAGAUCGAGAACUACUUGAAGCAGCAAUUCGACUUGGUUUUGGCCGAGGAGACACGUAUCCGUAGAAACCCCCGUUUUGUGGACACCAGAGUGCACGUCUUGUUGUACUUCAUCACCCCCACGGGCCACGGGUUGCGUGAGCUCGAUGUGCUGUGUAUGAAGAGGUUGGCCAAAUACGUAAACAUCAUUCCUGUCAUUGGAAGAGCCGACACUUUCACCGAGGCAGAAUUGAAGCACUUCAAGAACCAAAUUAAAAUCGAUAUCGAGCGGUUCAACGUCCCAGUGUUCCAGUUCGACAACUUCAUGGACGAAUAUGACGCUGACGAGGAUUAUGAUUUGAUCCAAGAGUGCAAGUUCUUGACCAAAUUGCAACCAUUUGCAGUUGUCGCAUCAGAGCAAAACUUCGAGAUCAGAGACAUCAACACCGGUGAGUCCAAGACAAUCAAGGCGAGACAAUAUCCAUGGGGCUUGGUUGACAUCAACAAUCCAAAAUACAGUGACUUUCCUAUCUUGAAGUCCGUCCUCUUAGGAUCCCAUUUGCAAGACUUGAAGGAUUUGACCCACGACUUCUUGUAUGAAACCUAUAGAACAGAGAGAUUGAGUAAAGUUACUGGUAAGAGUGAUGAUGCUCUUGAAGAUGACUCCCAAUAUGAAGGCUCCGAUAACCAACAAAUUCUGGCUGCUGUUCCCUCUUUGUCGAAUUUGGCCCAAUUGACCAAGAACGGGGAGGUCUCCAUGCUCAUGAAUGAAACCCAGGAUGAGACACAAGUUGACGAAUCAUUCGUUGUUAAGUCUUCGCCAAAACCAAAAUCCAUGCUAUUUUCCGAGGAAGAAUCACAGAAGUUGUCUCCUCAGAUUAAUGAUAGUGCUUCUUUCGUGUCGUCUUCAUCUGCACAGUCUGGAACUUCCGCUAGAACUGGUCUUGACUCCACCAAUCAAUCAUUCAAGAGAAUGUCCAUUGCACCUCAAAGACACCAGUUACGACAAAUUUCCGAGACGGUGCCAUAUGUCAUUAGACACGAACGUAUCUUGGAGAGACAGCAGAAGCUCGAAGAGAUUGAAAUGGCCAGUGCUCGUGAAUUAGCCAAUAGAGCUGCAUUGUUGGAGCAAAAAGCAGCCGAAUUGAAGGCUAAGGAGAAAAUACUCUUGCAAAGACUCGAGGCAGCUAAGAAAGCCGAAAGCCAAAGGAACAGUGUUGAAACAAAAAGACCAGAGGAUGAUCAAAGUGUUCUAGAAUUGAAGGACAAUGAAAAGGAGGACUCUCAAAACUAUACCGAAAUUCAUGACGAUGAGGAUGGAGAUGAUGUCACAGAAGUUGAAGAGGAGAUACACGAGCAACACUAG